GAAGGCUGUGAGGAGAGACAGUUUUUUCUGUUUAAGUCAAUUUUGGUUUCACAGGACAAAGCUGCAAUCUGGUCGUCAUUUGUUUUCCCACUCAGACUGUCUGCCGUCCAGAAGUACAACAAAGAGCGACUUGUCUGGUCAGGACGUCGUCCUCCGCCUCUCCUCUGAAUGCUGCAGCGGCAUCAAGAUGGAGCUGUGGCUCACUGCUGUCUACGGAUACAAAGGCCCCCUGCUGGGUCUGGGAUGUUUUGUGGCGUGGAGCAUCAGGUGCGUGCAGGUGGAUCACCCUGCGGUCAGCAGCAAACAGCUGACUCUCAGUAUGUUUGCUGUGACCGUGUUCAGCGUGUCCGGGGCGACAGGGUCUCUGCUGACGUCCCAUAAUCCUCCUGUGCAGUUCUGUGUGGUCAGCAGCCUCGUCCUCUGCUGCAACAUCUUCACUCUGAGCUGCAUGUUCGGCCCUAAGUUUGUGUACGUGUGUUUCCAUGGCAGUGAGCUGCAGCAGCCUCUGGAGCUGCGGGCUGCAGAAGACGAGGAAGACGAGCAGCUGAGGAGGUUAAACCUGCUGCUGAAGAGUCACACUGAGCAGCUGGAUUUAGAAAUAGAAACCAUCAGUAUGCAGCUCUGUAAAGAGUCAGAGUCGGCUGAUUCUGACCUGACGCUCCUCAACACGACGAGCGGAAGAAACAAUGCAGGUGAAGGCCGAUCUGUUGUGUCGGCUCUGAUCUGUUCUGAGGACACAAACUCUGACAGGAAACCUCUGAGUCCAGACGACAUCAACUCUCCUGAACACAUGCAGCGCCGCCUCUCCGUCCAGCUGCCCAUCCUCCAUCACUCCUACAUGCCCGUCAUCGGGGGCGUCAGCGCCAGCAGCUCCAGCCUGUUUGGGAGCCGGGAGGCCUUCGUUCACCACGACCUGCUGAAGGCGACUUCCUGAACACAUUUUAAAACACAAACACAAUCUCUACGAGGAUGAUGAAAACAUGAAAAUCAGAGUCAGAGAAGAAAACGGACACGAAGCUGAUUGAAUAGUUCUUUUUGUUUUUCUACUGUUUUAGUUUUUAUGAUUUGAAGAGUUUUUUUUAUGUUUGGUGUUUUUAUGUUUUUUAUGUAACGUUUAAAUUCAUAUAAAACUCAGUGAACUUUG